AGAGAGAGAGAGAGAGAGAGAGAGAGAGAGAGGUAACAGCACUUGGAAUCGCCUCUCAAUUCUGCUACUUGCCACCUGGUGUAAUGGUGGCAAAUCAUUCCUGUUUGGAUCUCAGUCUCUGGUAAGAUGAGGAAAUUGGACCGAAUGAUCUUUGAUGUAUUGUCCAGCUCCAGAUUUUAUUUAUCAGCAUCAAACUGAAGCAUGGUGGGACUGUCAGGACCACCAGCUCUGUCCUUCCCCCCUCAAUUUCCCCGGUCCCUUCUUUCCCCAUAUUCUCCUCCCCUCCCAGUCAGAACUGUCCCCAGAGGUCUGGGCUGUGGCUGGAGUUCUGGGGAUCAUUGUCCAGAAAAAUGUGGGGAGAGCAGGGAGAGGGUCAUCGGCAACCAGGGCAGGGACCAUCUGGAAGCCAAUUUCCCAGAGAACCUUUAGGUGUCGGUGGAUCCAGGACCACAAACAUUAGAACUCCACUUAAGCUGAGGCGUGAGCCUGUGUGCUAGGGGCUGAGAGUGGCUAGGUGACAGGGAUUAGCUGGAAGAAAAUGGAAGGCAAAUGGCUCUGAGACGCAGGAGUUCUGAAUUCUAGCACCACAGGCUGAACUUCUCUCCUCCCCAAGUCCCCCAAGAAGGGAGGGAAGAUGGGGCUGGGCCGGAGGGUCAGCGGGGGACGCGGGGAGCUUCGGGCUGUCCGUGCCUUCCAUCUUCUGUCUGUCUGUCCCUCAGGGAGCUGGCCGUUCCGUUCAGACCAUGCUGCUGUUCCCUUGACCUCAGUGGCUUGGGACCUGAAGGCUCCCGCCAUGGGCUGCGUGCCCUGCAAGGAGAAGGCUGGAUCGGACGCCAAGCUUGAGGCCCUCCACGAGGACAUUGCGAAAGGGGGGCAAGGCUAUGGGGACCGCUACAGUCCCGAGCCAACCAGGGUCACCUCCUCGUCUCCCUCCCACGUGCCCAGCAUCAGCCAUUGCCCCCAGCAAAUACUCAGCGGGUCGUCCUUCCUGACUGCCAUCCCCCCCAAACCUGGAGGCAUCGCAGGGGCCGGGGUGACCCUCUUCGUGGCUCUUUAUGGGUACGAUGCCAGGACUGCCGAUGACCUCACCUUCACCAAAGGAGAAAAAUUCCACAUCCUCAACAACACCGAGGGCGACUGGUGGGAGGCCAGAUCCCUGAGCUCCGGACGCACUGGAUACAUCCCCAGCAACUAUGUGGCUCCUGUGAACUCCAUCCAGGCAGAAGAGUGGUACUUUGGGAAAAUAAGUCGAAAGGAGGCUGAAAGGCAGCUGCUGGGCCCCAGCAACCCUCGAGGAACCUUUCUUAUCCGGGAAAGCGAGACUACUCAAGGGGCCUAUUCUCUGUCCAUGAGGGACUGGGAUGAGAAUAAAGGGGACCACAUAAAACAUUACAAGAUCCGUAAACUGGACAAUGGCGGGUAUUACAUCACCACGCGGGCCCAGUUUGAGUCCGUCCAGAAGUUGGUGGAGCACUACACCGAAGUCAACGACGGACUUUGUUACCUCCUCACGAAGCCUUGUGUUGUCAUGAAACCAGGAACCCUGGGCUUGGGUAAAGACGCCUGGGAGAUCAGCAGAGACUCCAUCACCUUGGACAAAAAACUGGGCAUGGGCUGCUUCGGGGAUGUGUGGAUGGGCACUUGGAACGGCUGCACCAAGGUGGCCGUGAAGACCCUGAAGCCGGGCACGAUGUCUGCGCCGGCCUUCCUGGAGGAGGCCCAGAUCAUGAAGCGGCUGCGCCACGACAAGCUGGUGCAGCUGUACGCCGUGGUGUCGGAGGAGCCCAUCUACAUCAUCACGGAGUACAUGAGCCACGGGAGUCUGCUGGAAUUCCUCAAGGAGGGGGAAGGCCGCGACCUGACUCUGCCCUACCUAGUAGACAUGGCGGCCCAGGUGGCCGCAGGGAUGGCGUACAUGGAGCUCAUGAAUUACAUUCACCGAGACCUGCGGGCAGCCAACAUCCUGGUGGGGGACAGACUAGUGUGCAAGGUCGCCGACUUUGGGCUGGCCCGGCUCAUUGAGGAUAAUGAGUACAACCCCCGCCAAGGUGCCAAAUUUCCCAUCAAGUGGACAGCUCCAGAGGCCGCGCUCUUUGGCAGGUUCACCAUCAAGUCGGAUGUCUGGUCUUUUGGGAUCCUGCUCACGGAACUCAUCACCAAGGGCCGGGUCCCCUACCCAGGCAUGAAUAACCGGGAGGUGUUGGAGCAGGUGGAACGGGGUUACCGAAUGCAGUGCCCUCCCGGAUGCCCGCCGUCUCUGUAUGAGGUCAUGGAACAGUCCUGGCGGCAGGUCCCGGAGGAGAGGCCGACUUUUGAAUACCUCCAGUCCUUCCUUGAGGACUACUUCACCUCCACGGAGCCCCAGUACCAGCCAGGGGACGAGUCCUAGCCCAUGGAGCGCCGGGCACCCUGAGCCCUGCCCACCAGGGCUCUCCUCCUGAGCCCUUUCCCUGCCCUUGGCAGCUCCAUUCCAGGGCCUGGCUGGGGAACAGGUCCGGGACCUUCUCCAUCCCUACUUCUACUCCAGGUCCAACUGCCCUGAAAAGGAUGCACUUGAACGGCCUCCGACUUUCUCUUCUUAAUCUUCAGGUUUCACUAGUGCAUCCUCAGCCUUCCCAAGUCUUAAGGUCCAUCCUUGGUACUCCAGAUCCCGCUGCUCUGACCUUAUUAUUUAUGAAGCCAUUCUCCCUCCUUUUCCUGAGCCCUAACAAUCCUCUCUGGAUACCUGCCCACCCCCCCCCCCAGGCCCUUUCCUCUUAUUUGUCCUUCCCCCUCUUGUGGCCCCCAUCUCUGUCCCCUCCAGGUUCUUUCUGCCUCUUUUGCUGCUGUACCUAGAACUGGAGGCGGGGUGGGAGGAGGACCAUACUCUAUUGCCUGUGUGUUUAUUUUUUAAUCAAUUCUGUAAAUAAAGAAAAAAUUGUCUCUCA